AUGCAAACAAUAAGGAUUCUGCCGAAUAUAAAGUCUCUUCUCAAGGAUGGAAAGGUGUCUGAGGCAAUUGAUGUUAUAAAUAUGCAUGUGGAUGUGGUAGCUCCGUACAUAAAAGACGAUCUUCAGUACAUCAAAUCUGAUGAUCCGAAGACAAGCCUGUGCCUGAGCAAGAUCUAUUUUGUUCUUGGGGAUUACCAAAAAGCUAUAGAGUAUGCACUCCUCUCUGGAGACCUCCUAGUUGAUGACGGGUCAUUCUACUAUACUUCGAUAGUCUAUCACAUGAUGGAUUCGGCAGAUAUGAGCAAAGACAGCAGAGCCCGAGAUUUUGUUCUUCGAGCCAUAAGCUCGGAGACUGUGGAUGGCUCUCUUAUUGGAUAUUUAUUUUCUGUAAAGGAAUAUGCACUACUCAAGGAAGCACUUGUGAAAUACAUAGAUGGAGGAAAUGAUUAUAAAAGGCUUCUUGAUCUUCUUAUAUCUCUUGGGGAGGAGAAAGGAUGUCUAAAGGAGAUAUAUGGGAUGAUUACAGAGAUUGGCCCAAGAGGUAAACCAUUUCUUUUUUAUGUUAUAGAUGCCUACUUCUAUCUUGAGGAAAUAGAAAAGGUCAAGGAGCUGAUUGAAAGACUUACGAAGGAAGACAUUCUUCUGUGUUAUGAGGUUGCAUUCUACACUGAGGACAACUAUAGCCCAGAGAUUGAGGUGUCCAACCAAAAAGUCAUGUCAAUACUCAGUGGAGAAUUCAAGAAAAAAAUCCUUGGGGAGUUUCUCCUUGAAAGGAAUCUCACAAGCUUCAAGUUUCUUGAAUCUAUAGCAAGAACCAGGACUCACUAUCUGGGGCUGGCCAAUUCCUUGAUGAACUUGGGAACCUCUAAUGAUACGUUCUACAGAAGUAACGCAGAUAUUUUCAGCCAGUCGAAUGAGUGGGCAAAGUUUUGUGAGGUUUCCAGCAUUGGAAUGAUUCAUCUAUUCAAUUCAAAUCCAUAUGAAAUCCUUAAAAACUAUUUGCCUAGCGAGGUCAGCCAGAAGGAAGGAGGAGCCCUGAUGGCCCUAGGUCUUAUAAAGGCAGGAACAUUCAGUGAAGAAGACACCGAGUAUCUUCUCUAUUUUUUGGACACGCAGGACACUCUUACGCCCGAGCUAGCGUAUGGUGUAUGCUUAGGCCUCGGACUUAUCAAUAUGGGAUCGACCAACAGCGAGAUCUUAGGGAAACUCAAGGAACUUUCAAAAGUUGACCGGACGUUGUUAGUGGAAGCUUCUGUGUAUGGAAUAGGGAUGCUUGGACUCAACUCAUGGAAUGUUGAGAUUCUGGAGGAUUUAAGGGCAAUAGCUGGGGAAACAGAGUUCGAACGUGUGAAGAGAGCUGUCGGCAUUUCCUUUUCAUUGGUUUUGAUGUUCAGUGAAGAGAUGUUCUAUGAUGAAGAUGCAGAAACAGACGGAGAUUUCAAGAAUUACAUAAAUGAGUUUCUUUCCGAAAAGGACUCUAUUAUGAGGGCAAGCGGGGUUCUUUCUCUUGGGUCUUCAUUCGUCGGGACAGGAAGGCUUAGUGUGAUUUCAACACUUCUUCCAUACAUCAACGACGGAGAUGACGAUGUCAAGAGAGCUGCAGUGAUAGCCAUAGGACUUGUAUGUUGCGACGACAGGGACCUUCUUGUAGGAACCUUGGAGCCUCUUUCGGAAAACCACAACUUCUUUGUAAGAGCAGCUGUGGCUGUGGUUCUUGGAUUAUUCCUUUCUGGAACAGGAGACGAAGUUUGCACCAACAUUCUAGAAGCACUCAUGUAUGACUCCAACAACCUUGUCAGGCAGUCGGCUUGCAUUGGGAUUGGGUUUAUUACCAUGCAGUGCAAUCCUACGCUCAUUCCGAAUUAUAAGCGUAUCAUCGAAAGAUUGAACAAGCUGGUAGUUGACAAGAAGGAGAGCGGAGCAGUGGAAUUAGGAGCGGUAUUUGGCAGGGGGCUAAGCGAGGCAGGGGGAAGAAACAUAAUCUUUUCAAUAAGAAACAUGUCUGGAAUUACAUCGGCCGACAGGAUUGCAGGUGCAAUUCUGUUCUUACACUACUGGUAUUGGUAUCCUCUUAUAAGUAUGGUAUCCUUGUGUGCUCUUCCAACUGCAGUUUUCUGCUUCAACGAGGAUCUUGAGGAGGAGGAAAUCGAAAUUCCAACAUCCAACCGAUAUGACAACCUUCUUAUACGCCUCCCAGAUAUCAAGAAGACAAGAAGGUUCAAGCAGAGACCUAAGGAAGACAAGGAAGUCGUUACAGAAUCCCCUUCGGUGCUAACCUCGGGAAGUAGGUGCACCAUUAAGCAAAGGGAAGAAUGCGGUCUUGAUUCUCCUGCAAUCCUUUUUGUGAAGAAGAAAUAA